CCAAGUUUGACGGUGUGUCGUUGAACAAGGUUCUAUUACCUGGUCCAGAUCUCAUGAAUAGCUUGCUUGGCAUUUUGAUUCAUUUCCGCAGGGAAAGAGUGGGAGUAAUGUGCGCCCUCGAGCAAAUGUUCUAUUCCUUUUACGUCAAUCCUGAACAUGGGGACUAUCUACGAUUCCUCUGGUACAAAGACAAUGACCCCCAGAAGCAAGUGAUUGAGUAUCACAUGAACGUACAUCUAUUCAGAAACAGACCAAGCCCAGCAGUAGCCACCUUUGGGCUGAGAAAGACUGCAGUGGAGGGACAUGAGAAGUAUGGUGAAGAGAUUAAGGACUUCGUGCACCAUAACUUCUACGUCGACGAUGGCCUAGCGUCUCUUCCUACUGCCGAAGAAGCUAUCAAACUUGUCACCAGUGCCCAAAACACCCUAGCAUUGUCGAAUCUAAGGCUGCACAAAGUUGUUUCCAACUCUGUAGAUGUUAUGGAAACUCUUCCAACAGAAGACAGAGCAAAAGACCUAUGUGAUUUAGACAUUCGUCGGGAUACCCUUCUGCCCAGCGGUCUUUUGGAGUUUAUUGGGACCUUGAGAACGAUGCGUUUACAUUCCAAGUUUCCCCACCCAAAAAGCCUUUCACUCGCAGUGGAGUCCUUUUGGUGA